AUGCAGCUUCACAGGGGAUCCCUCUUUCUCUGGACUGUUUUAUAUUUUUCCUGUUUCCUUGGAUUCGCACAGGGAAGUUCUGAAGAUGUGGACAUUCUUCAAAGAUUGGGCCUGGCAGGGAAAAAGCCAUUGAGUGCGUGGUCUUCAUCACGCUCAGUUCCUCAGGGGGUUAUCCCUUUCAAAUCGGGGGUCAUCUUCACUCAGCGAGCACGCAUUGAGGCGCCCAUUGGUACCAUCAUCCCCACUGCCUUCGGCACAGACUUGGCCCUAGUGCUGAGCUUGUGCUCCCACCGCAUCAACAAUGCUUUUCUGUUCUCUGUCAAGAGCAAGAAGAAAAAACUGCAGCUGGGGGUCCAGUUCAUCCCCGGGAAGGUCAUCGUGUACGUAGGCCACAAGCGCUCUGUAUAUUUUGAUUACAAUGUUCACGAUGGCCACUGGCAUAACAUGGCCAUUGACAUCCGAGGCCAGAUGGUAACUUUAUUUACUUCUUGUGGGAAGCAAAGAGUAGAUGCGGAUUUGCAUUUUAAAAAAGAUGAGGCAUUGGAUCCACAAGGGUCUUUUCUCUUAGGGAAAAUGAACCAGCACUCGAUACAGUUUGAAGGCGCCAUUUGCCAGUUCGAUAUUUAUCCUUCCGCCAAGGCAGCUCAUAAUUACUGUAAAUACCUGAAAAAACAAUGCAGGCAAGCGGACACCUUCCGGCCGAAUCUGCCCCCACUUGUCCCACUCUUGCCCAGGGAUCCCAGUGCCUCCCCAACGGCCCCUCUGCAGCCUAAACUCUUGCUACAGGGUUUGAAGAAUCUGACUACUGUGAUCCCAGCAUCAGAGCUCAUCAAGGUCACAACACCCCUCAAGACUCCAGUUACAGCGUCCACCACCUUGGUCCCAUAUAAGCUGCUUUCUCCAGGGCCAACAACCAAAGCAGCCAAGGUUACAAUUGUGCGGUCUACCGUUCCAUCGAGUACUGAUAUGCAGCUGCCGGUCCAUUCACACCCUCGGACUACUACAGCAGCCCUCAGGAUAUCCCAACCCUCUUCCAAUGCAAGUUCACAAAAACACUCCCUUCCCACAGUCAGAAACAUCCUGCCUGCUGGCCAAAACUCCACUGCAAUCAGCAGGAAAGAGUUGGAGCAAGAGACCCAAAAGAUGAUCAACCAAAAAACAUCCACCAAGCCCUCUGAAACCCCCAGCACUGUAAAGCCAAUGAGAAAGAAGAUUGAAAACACAUCUAGACACGUCCACCCCAUGACCAUGAAACAAAACCUGGAGAACCUGACCAGUGGACCCAUUUCAAAUAUGCUAUUGCCACUACCAACCAGGAAAUCCGUUCCUAGCCUAGUUCCUCUACUGUACACCAAAUCAACCCCUAAAUCUGUUCAUCAUACCUUCAGAACCAGUGUGCAAGCCUUCAACCUCACAACCCCUGCUGCUGUUGACGGGUUUCAGGUCUUUGACCCCGUUGGACCCACCCUAUUUCCAUUUUUACUGGGACUUCCUGGAUCUAAAGGAAACCAAGGUCCCCCGGGCCCCCCAGGUCUACCAGGCUUACCAGGCCCUCCUGGCAAGAGAGGCCCACGGGGUCCUCCUGGUCCCCAUGGAAACCCUGGCCGCCCUGGUCUACCUGGCCCUAAAGGCCAAAAAGGUGAUCCUGGGCUGUCACCUGGAAAAGCUCGUAAUGGAGAGAAGGGAGACAUGGGUUUACCUGGUUUGAGUGGGCUUCCUGGACCAUCUGGUCGGAAGGGAUACAAAGGCUACCCUGGACCACCAGGUCAUCCUGGAGACCAGGGUGAACGCGGACCAGAUGGGAGCCCAGGUGCCAAAGGUUAUCCUGGCAGGCAGGGUUUACCAGGACUAAUAGGUGAAGCUGGUCCGAAAGGCAGUCGGGGGUAUAUUGGUCUCCCAGGAUUAUUUGGGCUGCCAGGGCCUGAUGGAGAACGAGGUAUCCCUGGAGUUCCUGGGAAGAGGGGCAAGAUGGGUAGGCCGGGUUUUCCUGGCGAUUUUGGUGAACGAGGACCUCCAGGCGUAGAUGGGAACCCAGGAGAAUUGGGAGCCCCCGGUCCUCCUGGAGUUCAUGGACUCAUUGGAGAUAUGGGCGCGCUCGGACCAAUAGGUUAUCCAGGACCAAAGGGACUUAAGGGGCUGAUGGGAAACCCUGGAGAACAUGGACUGAAAGGUGAUAAGGGUGAUCAGGGACUGCCAGGUGUUCCAGGAGAUAUUGGAUUCCAAGGAGACAAGGGCAGUCAGGGCUUUCCUGGAAUACCAGGAGCCCGAGGGAAGCCAGGUCCCCUUGGAAAGGUUGGUGACAAAGGUCCAGUCGGGUUUCCAGGACCACCCGGUCCUGAGGGCUUUCCAGGGGAUAUUGGCCCACCAGGACAAAAUGGCCCCGAAGGCCCUAAGGGGAAGCCCGGAGCACGAGGUUUACCUGGGCCGAGAGGACAGCCUGGCCAAGAGGGAGAUGAAGGACCCAUAGGGCCACCAGGGUCCCCUGGUCCAGAGGGUCGACCUGGCAGGAAGGGAUUUCCUGGAAAACCUGGCCCUGAUGGUUCAAAGGGUGAGCCAGGACAUCCAGGGCGGACAGGAAAAGUUGGUGAGCAGGGUCUGAUGGGUUUCAUCGGUCCAGUCGGGGAACCUGGAAUAGUGGGAGAGAAGGGUGACCGAGGCACAAUCGGAGCACCGGGCCCACCGGGAGUCAAGGGGUCGAUGGGGCAUCCCGGAACGCCCGGAGGAACUGGUUUCUCAGGAGCUCCUGGACCACCAGGCCCUGCUGGAGUCCGGGGACCCCCAGGUAUAAGGGGAGCAAAAGGCCGUCGGGGUGCCAGAGGUCCUGAUGGACCAGUGGGGGAGCCAGGGUCAAGAGGUGUUAAGGGCCUUCAGGGGGAGCCAGGCAAACCAGGGCCCGAUGGGCAGCAGGGGAAGAUGGGAGAGACUGGGGAGACAGGACCACGUGGCUUCCCAGGUAUCCAAGGACCUUCCGGACCCCAAGGAGGCAAAGGGGCUCCAGGCGACCCGGGACCUCAGGGACCACAGGGGCCAGCUGGACCUUUAGGAGAAAUGGGACAUAAGGGACCUCCUGGCUCAAUAGGACAACCUGGCCUUCCAGGUGAACCUGGCAUGAAGGGUGAUCUUGGACAGCUGGGGGUCCCAGGAGAACAAGGCCUCAUUGGUCAAAGAGGAGAGCCAGGCCUGGUAGGGGACAGCGGCCCAUUUGGGCCAGACGGCGUUAAGGGAGACAAAGGAGAGCAAGGCCCAGAAGGAGAGAGAGGAGAAAAAGGCACCGAAGGAUUGAAGGGAAAUGAAGGGCCUCCUGGAUAUCCCGGAAUCACAGGUGUCCGAGGACCAGAAGGGAAACCAGGCAAACAGGGAGAAAAGGGCAAAACCGGCCAGAAGGGCAGCAAGGGCUAUCAGGGGCAGCUGGGCGAGACGGGCCCUCCAGGGAAGAUGGGGCCAAAAGGGACUCAAGGCCUUAAAGGAUCCAGAGGUACCCUGGGACCUAUGGGUGCUCCAGGAAGGAUGGGUGCCCAAGGGGAACCUGGCUUAAUGGGUUAUGAGGGGCAUGCAGGACCGCCAGGUCCAGUCGGACCACCAGGGCCAAAAGGUGAAAAGGGAGAACAAGGUGAUGAUGGGAAAAUAGAAGGCCCCCCAGGACCACCUGGUGACAGAGGUCCAGUUGGCAACAGAGGAGAUCGAGGGGAGCCCGGAGACCCUGGCUACCCUGGUCAGGAAGGACUUGACGGGGACAGAGGAAAAGCUGGACAGCAAGGUCUACCUGGGGAUCCUGGACCACCAGGCCAGCCAGGGCCAAAGGGAUCCAAAGGUGAAGAGGGUCAAAAAGGAAAGCAAGGGGCAUGGGGUGAAGCUGGCAGCAGAGGCUCGCCGGGUCCUGUUGGGUUACCUGGUCCUAGGGGAGUAGUGGGAAGGCAGGGUCAGGAGGGUUCUCCUGGAGUGGACGGAGUUCCUGGGAAGGAUGGCACAGCUGGGCUGCAGGGAGAACAGGGAGAUGAUGGGGAAGAAGGCACAACAGGGAUUUCGGGAAAACGAGGGAACCCCGGCAUACCUGGUCUCCCCGGAGCACAGGGGCCACCAGGAUUUAAGGGUGAAAGAGGAUUGCCUGGGCAGACUGGCCCAACAGGGAAACGGGGUACACAAGGAGGAAUGGGGCUCCCAGGAAGCCCAGGAGAGCCAGGACCCAAAGGACAGCCGGGGGACUUUGGCGAGUCAGGAUUUCCAGGGAUUGCAGGCAUGUUUGGGCCAAAGGGACCACCAGGAAACCUCGGGUUCAAAGGAAUUCAGGGCCCACGGGGACCGCCAGGUCUCAUGGGAAAGGAAGGUAUUAUUGGGCCGCUUGGAAUUCUGGGUCCCACAGGAAGCUCAGGUCCCAAAGGAGACAAAGGCAGCCGUGGUGAAACGGGUUUGCAAGGUCCAAGGGGUCCCCCAGGCCCACGAGGACUCCCCGGGCCUCCGGGGCCAACAAGAAUUCCAGCUUCAUUUCAGCAGGAUGGCUUUGGUGCAGAAUUCCAGACAAUGAUGGACUCGAACACUGCACUCAAGUCUACAGAGCAGAGCUAUCAACAUUCAGAUCUUCUGAUGCUAGACCAGGAAGGAGAGAUCUUUAAGACUCUACACUACCUCAGCAACCUCAUCCAGAGCAUCAAAAGACCCCUGGGAACCAAGGAGAACCCUGCACGCAUCUGUCGAGACCUCAUGAACUGUGAACAGAAGAUGGGUGAUGCUUGCUCCCUUUCUUCAGGUACUUACUGGAUUGACCCAAAUCUUGGCUGUUCUUCAGACACCAUUCAAGUCACCUGUAACUUCACCAAAGGUGGACAGACAUGUCUCAGCCCCAUCACUGCCUCUAAGCUGGAAUUCAACAUUGGUAGAGUCCAGAUGAACUUCCUUCACCUACUGAGUUCGGAGGUGGUUCAGCACAUCACCAUCCACUGCUUGAACAUGUCAGUGUGGAGGGAAGGGUCAACUGAGAAGCCUUCAGAAAAAGCUGUGCGUUUUAAGGCCUGGAAUGGACAGAUAUUUGAGGCAGAAGGGCCAUUCAAGCCAGAGGUGGCAACAGAUGAUUGCAAGAUUCAGGAUGGACACUGGCACAAGACUGUCCUUACGUUUCGGACACAGGACCCUAACCAGCUGCCAAUUGUCAACAUCUACAACCUUCCACCUUCCAAGCCAGGGAAACAGUAUCACCUCGAGGUUGGACCCGUGUGCUUCCUUUGA